AAGACUAAUCUUCUUUAUCACACGAGGCCGAGCUCUCCAGUAUUCAGAUUACAGGGCUGCCAUAUCAGGACAGCUGGAGCUUAAAUCAAUUGGUAGGUCGAUCCAUGGUUAUCAACCAUCCCAUCUUUAUCUGCAGCAUUCACCGGAGCAGAUUGACUCAUAACCCUCUUCCAUAUAUACCAUAUAUAUAGACCAUCCCUGCCGCGACGAGGAUUGCACCUUCACCAAUCACCACUCCAUCUCUGUUCACUCGAGGCAAGUAUCAAGUAUGGUGUCCCGAAAAACCCGAAGGUUCUCGCCGAUCGAGCAGUGCGACACCGAGGGGAGGUUGCGGUCGCGGCAGACGGUCGCCGCCGACCUCGACGGCACGCUGCUCCUGUCCCGAAGCGCGUUCCCGUACUACCUCCUCGUGGCGCUGGAGGCCGGCAGCCUCCUCCGCGCCGUGGCGCUUCUCAUGUCCGUGCCCUUCGUGUACCUCACCUACGUCACCGUGUCCGAGACCCUGGCCGUGCGCGCGUUCCUCUACGUCGCCGUGGCGGGGCUCGACGUGAGCGACAUCGAGGCCGUCGCCCGGACCGUGCUCCCCAGGUUCUACGCCGGCGACGUCCACCCGGAGGGCUGGCGCGUCUUCCGCUCGUUCGGGAGGAGGUGCGUCGUCACCGCCAGCCCGCGGGUGAUGGUGGAGCCGUUCGCCAGGGCGUUCCUUGGCGCCGACGUGGUCAUCGGGACGGAGAUGGAGGUGGGCGCGUCCGGGAAGGCCACGGGGUUCGUCGCCGGGCCCGGGGUGCUCGUCGGCGAACACAAGAGGCGGGCGGUGGUGAGGGAGUUCGGCGACGCGCUGCCGGACGUCGGCAUGGGGGAUCGCGAGAGCGACUUCGACUUCAUGGCCAUCUGCAAGGAAGCGUACAUGGUAACACGGCAGAAGUACCGCGCGUUGCCCCGGGAGCAGCUGCAGAGCCGGGUCAUCCUCCACGACGGCCGCCUGGCCCGGCGACCGACGGCGACCAACACGCUUCUCACUCUCCUGUGGAUGCCGCUCGGCUUCGCGCUCGCGCUGGCGCGCGUGCAUCUCCACCUGCUCCUCCCGGCGCGCGCCCUCUCCUACGCCUACAAGCUUAUGGGCGUCAAGCUGGUGGUGCGCGGCAACCGGCCGCCGCCGCCGCCGCCGUCCAAGAAGGGCGGCGGCCCCGGGGUUCUCUUCGUGUGCAACCACCGCACCACGCUCGACCCUGUCGCGGUGGCCGUCGCGCUGGGCCGCAAGGUGAGAUGGGUCGUCACGGACGGCGCCUCCAGCAGGUUCUCGGAGGCCGUGUCGCCUGUCAUGACAGGCGUGGCGCUGCCCGUGCCCGUGCCCAGCCGCGAGAGCGACGACGACGCGGACGCCGCCGCCCGCAUCCGGCGGCUGCUCGAGGAGGGAGACGACGUCGUCAUCUUCCCCGAGGGCACCAUCUGCCGCGAGCCCUUCCUGCUGCGGUUCGGCGCGCUCUUCGCUGAGGUCACCGACCGCAUCGUGCCCGUGGCCAUCGGCGCUAGGGAGGGCAUGUUCCACGGGUCCACGGCGCGCGGGCUCAGGAGAAUGGAUCCCUACUUCUUUUUCAUGAACCCACGGCCGACGUACGAGGUGACGUUCCUGAACCAGCUUCCAAGGGAGCUCACCUGCGGCGGCGGAAGGUCGCCGGUCGAGGUGGCCAACUAUGUCCAGGAGGUCCUGGCCGCGCAGCUUGGAUUCGACUGCACUUGCACCAGCAAGCAGGCAAAAACAGGAUGGUCUCCGGCGGCCCCGACGGUUGCGUGGCGUUGAAAGAGGUGGACUAGGGAAAACAGAGCAUGCAGCCAACUGUUAAUUGCCGUGCGUUGACAGUUGAGAGUGGUGAUCAAUCCAUGGUUUCACAUAAUCACAUUUACCGUUGAUGUCUGUGAUAUAAGAACCACAUGUAUACAUAUAUGAGCGCCAGGUUUCAAAUAGGGAACCAUGGAAACAUCUUUUUUACA